GUUUUUGCUGCGAGAUCCUCGCAUCGUGAAUGGCGACGACGAUGGUUCAUGGUGAGUGGGAAACAUCUUCGGUCGGUGCGAAUUGGCCUCUCGGUGGAAUUGGAGCCCUUGUGUGGGCAUAGAAGAGCCGAAUCGUAGGUCUCCGCCCUGAGUUUCUCCCUGAGAAGAGUGGGUUACAGGACCCCUUGCUGCGUGUGUUGUAGGGAUUAGGGUUUGCUUGGGCCAUGACGAUGGUGUGUCUGGGUGGUUCGAUUGGAUUCCGCUGUGCUGAACUCUCCAUCGGUCGGAUUCCGCAACUGAGAUCCUAUGAUCCAUCGCAAGGCCGAGGGUGGAGAUUCGGGCGCAUUCGUGCAGAGUCAGCUGAUGCAGGGAUUAUGGCAAAUAGCUCCACGGAUCCCGUGUUGGUCGUAGUGGGCGGAGGAGCAGCAGGGAUUUUUGGAGCAAUUCGAGCCAAAACCGUUUGCCCAAGGUUGAAAGUGGUAGUAGUGGAGAAGGGCAAGCUUUUGUCCAAGGUUCGAAUAUCAGGAGGCGGACGCUGCAAUGUCACCACUGGUCUCUAUGUGGAUCCUUUGCCGUUGGCAGGACAAUACCCACGUGGGUUUAAGGAACUUCGGGGUUCGUUUUUUCGGUCGCAUGGUCCCAAAGAUACCAUGGCGUGGUUUUCACAACGCGGAGUUGAUUUGAAGAAAGAGGCAGAUGGAAGAAUGUUUCCAGUAUCGGACAGUUCAUCGUCGAUUGUGGAUUGCCUUCUGAAUGAGGCCCGGCGCGUUGGAGUUGUUUUGCAGACUGGUUGGUCGGUUGGUAAUAUUUUAUGUCGACCUGAGGGAGGGUUUGAAGUCGAAGUAUCUAAAAGUAAUGAUGGUCCAAAAAUGCUUUGCACUCAAUACGUGCUUCUAUCCACUGGGAGUUCACGGCAGGGACAUGAGCUGGCCCGAAGGCUAGGACACUCAAUUGUCGAGCCUCAGCCUAGCCUUUUUACAUUCAAGGUCAAGGAUGCGUCACUAGCGCAACUGGCAGGGAUCUCUUUCGAGGAAGUUAAAGCCGAGCUAGAAUUGCCUGGAAAAAAGCAAAAGAACCCUAGUUUUACUCAGACAGGUCCAUUGUUAGUAACGCACUGGGGCCUGAGUGGGCCUGUCGUCCUUCGCCUCUCUGCUUGGGCGGCUCGGGACUUAUUCUCAUCAAAUUAUCAAGGGACAUUAUGGGUCGAUUUCACGCCAAGUAUGUCAGGCGAAGCUGUGUACGAAGUUCUUGCCAGUCAGAAAGAUUCGUUUAUGAAGCGGAAAGUAGGCGGUGCGGCACCGUUACGAAUUCCGUUGACCCGCAGGUUUUGGCAGUACUUGUUACAACGCGAGAACCUUGAUGUUGACAGCACUUGGGCUUCUUUAUCAACAAAAGCAAUGCGUCAGCUAUCAAGCGUCCUGAAACGAUGCCCGUUUCUUGUGUCUGGCAAGGGGGAGUUUAAGGAUGAAUUCGUUACCUCUGGUGGGGUGCCUCUUGUGGAGGUGAACUUGAAGACCAUGGAGAGCCGCGUGUGCCCUGGCCUUUUUUUGGCAGGAGAAGUGCUCGACAUUGACGGAGUAACAGGUGGUUUUAACUUUCAGAAUGCUUGGACCGGAGGUUACAUUUCAGGCUCAGAGAUUGCAUCAUCCGCCACUGUUUAUUUACGAAGAUCUUUUGUAUCUGCUGUUGGAACAUUAGGGUGAAAAAAUUAUACGUGGUCCUUCAUCAGGUUGUUGAUUGAAACAAAAUUCUUUUAUCUGACUUAGAUCUCAAGUUUUUAUUUCUUAGGUAAACCAACAUCGAAGUAAACCUUAAAACUUCCUAAUAUUUUAAGUAGUCAUUGUAUAAUGCAAUCAUUGACGUCAUACUUUCAAAUUAUACAAGUAUCCAAUUGCUUUUAA